ACGCAGGGAAUCCCAGAACACCUCGCCCCCUGCAGAACUGCCGCCGGCAUUGCAGCUCCCGGUCCUCUGGCGUCGCCAAGUUAUAGGCUCGACAACUUCCGGCCCUGAAGGUCCCCCCUCCAUGGCUUGCCGGGGUCCUAGCGAUGGAAAGGUGGCCUCGGCGGCCGCCUGACCCCUACGGGGGCUUCGGAUCAGGGCUGCCGCCUCCUCCCGGAGGGCGGCGGCUACAGGGCCGCUGAGAAGAUGCCCGCAGCUGGUGGGACCUCAUACCGGGAGGAGAGGUCGGGGCGGAGCGCAAGGGCGGAACGCGGACCUGGAGCUGGUCCGUCAGGCAGGAGUGGGGCAGGUGCGGUGGCGGAAGUGCCGGACGCGACUGGAGCCGAGCCGUCUAGGAAGCCGGGGCCGUGGGUACCCCAGCCCGGAGCAGCUGCAGAGCCUCCGCCUGACCGCAGCAACUUGGGCUCGGGCGCCGGCGAGAUGCCUCUGUUCACCGCCAACCACUUCGAGCAAGAUGUGGAAAAGGCCACAAAUGAGUACAACACUACAGAAGAUUGGAGUCUUAUUAUGGACAUAUGUGACAAAGUUGGAAGCACUCCUAAUGGAGCAAAAGAUUGCCUAAAAGCCAUAAUGAAAAGGGUAAAUCAUAAGGUUCCUCAUGUUGCUCUGCAGGCGUUAACUCUUCUUGGGGCUUGUGUGGCAAACUGUGGAAAGAUAUUUCAUUUAGAAGUAUGUUCCCGUGAUUUUGCAACAGAAGUACGUGCUGUGAUAAAAAAUAAGGCUCAUCCUAAAGUAUGUGAAAAACUGAAAUCUUUAAUGGUGGAGUGGUCAGAAGAAUUUCAGAAGGACCCUCAGUUUAGUCUGAUAUCUGCAACUAUUAAAUCUAUGAAAGAAGAAGGAAUUACUUUUCCUUCAGCAGGUUCUCAGACUGUCUCAGUUGCUGCCAAGAAUGGUACGUCAUUGAACAAAAACAAAGAAGAUGAGGAUAUAGCUAAAGCUAUUGAAUUAUCAUUGCAAGAGCAGAAGCAGCAGCACACAGAGACAAAAUCUUUAUAUCCAUCUGCAGAAAUUCCAUCAAAUAAUAAAGUUGCAAGGAAAGUGAGAGCUUUAUAUGAUUUUGAAGCUGUGGAGGACAAUGAACUCACCUUUAAACAUGGUGAAAUUAUUAUUGUUUUGGAUGACAGUGAUGCCAAUUGGUGGAAAGGAGAAAAUCACAGAGGAAUAGGACUCUUCCCAUCUAAUUUUGUAACAACUAAUUUAAACAUAGAACCUGAGGCAGCUGUGGACAAAUUGAAUGUAAUUGAUGAUGAAGAGGAGGAAAUUAAGAAAUCAGAGCCUGAGCCUGUUUAUAUAGAUGAGGAUAAGAUGGAUAGAGCCCUGCAAGUACUGCAGAGUAUAGAUCCAACAGAUUCAAAACCAGACUCCCAAGACCUCUUGGACUUAGAAGAUACCUGCCAACGGAUGGGUCCAAUGAUAGAUGAAAAACUUGAAGAGAUUGAUAGGAAGCAUUCAGAAUUGUCUGAAUUGAAUGUAAAAGUCUUGGAAGCUCUGGAACUAUAUAACAAGUUGAUGAAUGAAGCACCAGUAUAUUCAGUCUAUUCAAAGAUCCAUCAUCCAGCACAUUACCCACCUUCAUCAGCUGGAGUUCCAAUGCAGACAUAUCCAGUUCAACCACAUGGUGCAAACUAUAUGGGUCAAAGUAUUCACCAAGUCACUGUUGCCCAAAGCUACAGCCUAGGACCAGAUCAAAUCGGUCCACUGAGAUCGCUGCCUCCAAAUGUGAAUUCCUCAGUGACAACACAGCCUGCUCCAACUCCGUAUUUAAGUGCUGGACAAGACACUGUUUCCAAUCCUACUUACAUGAAUCAGAACUCUCACCUUCAAUCAGCUACUGGUGCAGCUGCUUACACGCAGCAAAUGGGGAUGUCUGUGGAUCUGUCGUCUCACCAGAGCACUACUUCCAGUUUGCCGCGGUCGGCAGGCUUUGCAGUGGCAGCUCCAGCUCAUUCAGUUUCACAGCAGCAAACAGAUUACCCUCAGCAGCAGCCUCUCCUUUAAAAACAAACCAAGCA